ACCGCUCACGGUCAUUUCAAAAUGGAGUUUGGUCCGUUCGUAAGUGAACAUUUAAAAACACAAAACGCUGAGGUUGAUAAACAUCGCGAUGAACAAGAGAAGACAGUAGAUAAUGCUUCUCCCGACAAAGAUUUUUUUGGUCCUAAGUUACCGCCUAACUUAAUGAAUAGGUCAGUAAUUGGACCUUCGUUACCUUUAAAAUACCCGACAGAAAAAAAUGCUUUAUGUGAGGAAAUAUUGGAGCAAGAUAUCAUUGGACCACAGUUACCUUGUCUAAAUGAGGAUGAUUCCUUUAUCACAAGAUGUAAAGCAGAUAUUGAAGCUCGGGCUAAAGAAAAGAAAUUGAAACUGACAACACAUGAUGACAACAAGGAUGGUGAAAUUGUUCGUGAAGAAUGGAUGACGCAACUUCCACCAGAAUUGGGAAAGAACUUUGGUCUUGGUGCAAGAAAGUUUAGAAGUAAGGAAGUCAAUGUUGGUGAUAGAUCUGUUUGGACUAAUACUCCAUCACAAAGUGGUAAAAAAGGCAAUAGCAAUCAGAUGAAACCACUUGUUCAAAAUAGCGAAGCAAAAAAGCGGCAGCAUGACAUUGAAAAAUAUGUCUGUGAGCAUAAUAAACAAUAUCGGUCUGAAUCUUUGCUCGAUCUUCAUCAAAAAAACAGGAAAAAGGAAAAGAAAAAUAAAAAAAAACUUGAGCGAAGGCCUUUUGAUCGUGAUGUAGAUAUGGGAACGACACAAAUGAAUCCAACUCAUAGAAAAUCGUUAGUUAAACACUCCACAGACUUUAAUUUUAAAUUCGAGCAUUCAAAACAAGAUCCAUCGUAUUUAUAAGUUGGCAAAAUAACUGAAACAUAUUUUAAAGAACACAAGUUUUUUGAGUUACAUCCGCAUAUCGCUAUUAUUAGCAAUUAUAAUCAUGGCACCAUGCAUUAUCGUUGAAUAAUGUGCUUGUGAUUUUCUGGAAAUAUCCAUAUGAUAUAUCAAUCAGUGCAUCCUGGAAGGUGAUGCUGUAGACGGCAGUUAAAUUUAAGAUGCACUUUUUGCUAAUAUUAGUUGUCUUGCAUAUUAUAGAUUUUUUAAAAUAUAGUCUUGACUUAGCUUAAUCUCUUACUACAAUUUGAGAUCACAAUA